AUGGCCGGACCCCCAGCCCUGCUCCUGCCCCAGGUCCUCCAGCCCCCGGCGGGUCGUGCUCUGCUCCAGGACUGGGCUGGGGCCCUCGCCGAUGCUGUUUCCCCAACCCCUUCUGCAAAGCCCCCCAGAACAUCCCCGUGUCCCCCACGGGGCCGGCGGCCAGGGUCCGGGGGGCAGCAGGGCAGUAGGGGCGAGCCGGGGCGGUGCGGGGGGCCGGGGGGCCCGCGGCAGAGCGCCAGCGAGCGGGAGAAGCUGCGGAUGCGGCGGCUGGCGCAGGCUCUGCUGCGGCUGCGGCACUACCUGCCGCCCGCGCUGGCACCCGCGGGGCAGAGCCUGACCAAGAUCGAGACCCUGCGCCUCGCCAUCCGCUACAUCGCCCACCUCUCGGCCCUGCUGGGGCUCAGCGAGGAGGCGCUGGCCCGGCGGCGGGGGGCGGCCCCCCGGCACUGCCCCCUCUGCCCCCAGGGCCUGGGGUGCUGCCAGCCCCCGGAGCCCCGCCUGCGCCCGCCGCCCCCGCGGGAUGCUUCGCCCCCUGGCACUGUGGGCUGGGGGUCACCUCCCGUGGCGGGGACCCCCCCGGAGCUGCAC